UGAUCGAUUUUCAGGUCCUCAUCACCCGGUGCAAGAAGCCCUCUUUCGAUAUUCCGAAGGACGUGACUUAGUUGAUGACCGGCAAGAGAGCUUCGGGGUCAGCAUGUGGGCGCUUCGCCGAGCCUCUGGUCCUCUCAAUACUUUCCCUGUGGAUUGGUGGCCAGCUUGGGAGUGUACAUUCUCAUUCAAGUGCCAUCUUUUCGUGCUUGGGCAAUGAAGUUAUUCUUAGAACUGUGGUCCAACGUUCGAGGGAUUUAAGGACGAUAGGAUGCAGCAGCCGAUGGCACAACUCAUUCCAGACAGCUACUUGUGGCAUCUCAGGAUUACUUCAUUCUUUUAAUUCUUUUAGACUUGGCCUGUUGGAAAAAUUUUCUCUGUAGAAUGUUUUCGUCUCUAGGCUCACUGGAAUGAGUGUGUGAUUUGCUCUUCUCAUGUAUGCAGAAACUGCAGUUCUGGGGUGGUGCUAGGGCGAUCCAGUUCUGUUAAAUCAGAGAGCCACGUGGAUGAUGCCACGGGCAUUAUCAGGCUCCCUAUGUUAGAGAGCUUUGACCAAGCGGGUGAUAAUACAUCUUCACGACGGUUUAUGAGGGUUUUCAAUUUUUCUUCAAAAGCUCAUGGUAGAAGCUGCGUAGGGGAAGAUGACUAUAAAGCUGAACUUGGAGCAUCAAUUAAUACCAAGUCCAUUUCAGAGAGCAAAGAGGAUGUUGAUGAUGGGUUAAUUUCAGAGGCGGAGUUUUCUCAUCAUGAUGAUGAAGAAUCUUCUGGAAGUAGUUUGGAAAAGCUGGAAACGAAGACUCGUCCUACAGGGAGAACAUCAGUGAGGAGAGCUUCAUCAGCACUCUUCACGGCCAUCGUUCGCACUUCAAGUCAGUCCUUGAGGACUGUCCUUGAUAAGUGGUUAGAAGAAGGGAAAGAUUUGGGCAGGGAUGAGAUAUCAUUGACCAUGUCUAACCUUCGUGGCCGUAAAAUGUAUGGGAGGGCCUUGCAGCUUUCAGAGUGGUUGAAGAAGCAUUUCCCUUCUUCCGAGAGAGAUUAUGCAUCUCAAGUUGAUCUAAUUGCCAAGGUGCUUGGACUAGAGGAGGCAGAGAACUAUGUUGAGAAUAUUCCAGAAUCCUUCCAGGGGGAAAGAGUCUACAGGACAUUGUUGGCAAGCUGUGUCAUGGCGAACAACAUCAGAAAAGCAGAGGAAGUUUUCAAUAAAAUGAGGGAUCGAGAAUUUCCUCUGACACCAUUUGCUUGCGACCAGUUGCUCCUGCUUUACAGUAGGCAUGACAGGAAGAAGAUCUCUGAUGUAUUGUUGUUGAUGGAGAAGGAAAAUGUUAAGUCCUCUGCCUUCACCUACAGGCUCUUAAUAAAUGUCAAAGGCCGAAUAAAUGAUCUGAAAGGCAUGGAUCAAGUUGUUGAGGCGAUGAAGGCUGAAGGCAUGGAAUGUGACCUCAUGACAAAAGCUAGCUUGGCUCAGUAUUAUAUAUCAGGUGGAAUGAAGGAGAAAGUGGAGGCUAUUGUGAAAGAGAUGGAAGGUGGAGAUUGGAAAAGACACAGGCCAGCUUGCGAAUAUUUGCUUCCUAUUUAUGCAGGGCUUGGAAAAGCGGAUGAAGUGAGAAGAGUUUGGGCACUUUGCAUGCCAAAGCCAACGCUAUCAGAGUUCACUGCCGUGAUGGAAGCUUGGGGUAAGUUGAAAGAUAUCAAAGAAGCAGAAGCCACUUUCAAUCUAAUGAUGGAAACAGGAUGUCGGAUCCCCUCGAAGACUUACUUGGUCCUCCUGAAGAUGUAUGUAGACAAUAAGAUGCCGAACAAAGCAAAGGAUGUGGUUAGACGCAUGUCAGAUAGCGGGUGUGUUAUUGGGCCAUUAACUUGGGAUGCUCUUGUGAGGCUUUACGUGGAAGCGGGUGAAGUUGAAAAGGCCGACUCUUUUUUGCAGAAGGCGGUGAAGAAGAACCCGCAGAAGCCAAUGUACUCAUCUAUGACGGCCAUCAUGGAGGAGUAUGCAAAAAGGGGUGACGUCCACAAGUCUGAGAAGAUCUUUCACCAAAUAAGGCAGGCUGGUUAUCCUGGUCGAGCGCAGCUCUUUAGAUUCCUAACUAUGGCUUAUAUAAAUGCAAAAGCUCCAGCUUAUGGGCUUUGGGAGAGGAUGAAAGCAGAUGAUAUAUUUCCAGAUAAAAACUUGGUGAGGCAGUUGGCUUUGGUUAAUCCAUUUAAAAGCUCAAGUGUCUCGAAUUUGUUAGACUGAUGUUUCCUAGGCUACAUAUUUAUAUCUUCUAACUUCCGCUUCUUACCCGAUUAAGAGGAACAAGCUGACGUAUUGUAUCUGGAGAUGAGCCUCUUCUGCCUCUCUGAUUUUCUAUAUUGGUCUCCUUCUCUCGAUGGACCACACAGCACGUUGAAUCUAAGCAUACUUUUGGAGCUGUUUGAUUUUAAGAUGAACUGUAAGGAUGAUACAGAGCGGACUCGUCUUUGUGCUUGGAGUGGAUUCGAUAAUGUUCUUCGAUCAUCAUCUCAGUGAGAAAAGAUGGCUUGUCGUCCUUUUUUUUGCCAUAUCCUUUGCCCUGAUGUUCAAGCAAUGUGUGACUCGUUCAAGAUGCAUGAAGAAGCCAGUGGAGUAUGGUAUUCUUUAGGUUUCAGGAAGCGAAACCUUGGAUCCGUGUCACAUUUUCGUAAUGCAUCGGACUUUAGCCUUGAUAA